UAAAAGUCUUUUUUAUUUUAGAAAUGUAUGCUGAGAAAUGCCAAAGAUAGGCCCUCUAUAGAAGAGUUAUUAUGUCAUCCUUAUCUACAGUCACAGCCAGAAAAGAUGAUGUCACAAAUGCAGAAUAUGUAUAUGUCACGUUUUGAACAACAGUUUAAAAGUAUAUUGUCUCAGUUAACACCACAUUCACCAAAUUCCAUUAAUUGUAUGACACAAAGUCUGAUGGCACAGAUGAACGACAGCAAUGAUGUAGCGCCUGUCUUACCGAUUGCUGCAUCACAAAUGGUUACAAGUAGCACAGCACCAGCCAGCCAACCACAAGAGAUGAAUGGGCAAGCACUCCAGGGAAAACCAGUGACUGUUAAACACUUUGAGACACAGCAAAAACAAUCAAUGGAAGUAGGGCCAUCCAGUUUUUCAUUUCCCCAAAUGAGUAUGCCUCCACCAAAUGUGCCUACACAUCCACAGCGUAAACCUUUAGGUAUGGUGAAUCAACAAAAAAUAGCAGAAGAUUCCAGUCAUCAAAAAACGUCAUUAGAGUCUAAAUAUCUGAACUCUGGUGCAGAAAAUGGAAUAUUGCUGGAAUAGAACUAGUCUGACAUGUUUCAUAUAUAUUAGAUAAUUUCAUUCCAAGUUACUUGGAGUAUUGAUGGAAUAAACUAUUUUUUGGUUUCUAGAAGUCUAAA